CUCAAAAGCUGGUGGACUCUGAUACGCUUAAUGGUGGAUGCAAGGGAGGUUUCGAGAGCAAUUCUCUUCACUUUGUUUUGGUGCGGGGAAAUUCCGAACUCGUAGCAAUCAAUGAAUAUGAAUAUAUUCCUCCAUAUAGCGAGAAGGCAUUACAAACGGCGGUGGCAAAUCAACCCGGAAUACUCACAGGCAAAUGUGGGGCAGCGGUGGAUCAUGCUGUGCUUGCAGUUGGAUAUGGUACUGAAAAUCACAGGGAUUACUGGAUUGUGAAGAACACAUGGGGGUGGAAAUGGGGAGAAGCUGGGUAUAUCAGGUUGGAGCGUAAUUUGCAAAGGACCAAGGAGGGCAGAUGUGGAAUUGCGACUCGGGAUCAAAGACAACCCACCGGGAGUGAAGGCGACGAAGGGCAUUCCUGCAAAACCCAGGACCUAUGGGACUCUGGGAAAGAGGAGCAGUGCUUGAGAAGCUUUUGGAGCUCUUAA